AUGACUCGAGAUGAAGCAGGGCUACCUGAACCGGAUUUCUCUUUGUUUGCCGACGAGCUGCUGGAGCCGAAACUACAAAUCAGCCAGAAGGGCGGUAUACUGCUCGCCGAGAGUAUCCGAGAUCCUCAGUCUGUCAUUGACUGGAACCACAUCCUUCCCGCACGUCAUCGUGUGCGAAAGCUCAAAAUCGAGGAGCCUGUCCUUGUCGGAGACCAUCAGACUGACGUCCUCCGAUUUUAUAGGGAAGUGGCAAGCCACCGGAACGCUGACCAGUUCUUGGAGACAUGUUCAUUGACCACCUCAACCUCCGACCAAGACCUAGAGAAGGAGUGGGACGAUAUCCAAUCUGGCAAUGCCGCGCGAAGAGUCGAAAAGGAGCUCGCAGAUGAGAGGUGCCACACUACAAAAGAAGCACAGAUACACCUUUCGUGCCUGCUGAAGAACCAGGUGACGGAGAAAUCCAAAGAUGAGAUUCUCACCAGCCUUUUUCCUUCAUGCCAGAGACCAAGAGCAAGGUCCGUCACUCCGGUGCUUAUGCAAGAAGAAGACUCCCCAGAACCGUAUGUUCCAUCGAGCCCUGAUCUUGACUUUCCGUUACGAUCCGACGAGCAUGUCGACUUGGAAAAUCUCCUUCUCCAGAUUGAGAGAGACAUGCAAGAGACAGAUCAGAUACACUCAGAUAGGGCAAGUAAUAUUAGUCCUGAGAAACUCGCCGCAAGCAAGCAACUGCUAGAAGCCGCUCGAACGAAACCGGAAGUGAAGGAUACCUACACAGAGACCGUAUUCCCAUCUGGUGCUGGAAGUCGGCAAGCAAGGAAGAGGUCUAACAGCCUUGAGCUCGAUGUCCCGGUUGUUUCAUCUUCCUCUCAUCUCGAGCAAACUAGCGAUGAUACGACGAUAACACCCUCACCCCAUCCCACCGAUCCGUCGCCAUCAUCACAGCUGGAGCAAGGAUUCCAUGCCGAUAACACCAUAGCGCCACCCCCGGCUGACAUUCUGGAUAUGGAUAACCCUCUGCAUCCUUCGUGGACGAAUGGUACGGCCGAAAGCCCGUAUUCUGACUCGCUUGACGGGCUUCUCCCAUGCAGUGGUUUCAAUGCUGUGGAGGAUGAUUUAGAUGACGUUUUGGAUCGGGACCUCCCUGAAGAGUUCUUCAGACUAGCAGAAAGUGCCAGGCAUGAAGUGGAUGCCAUGCUUGAGAAAGACGACACAUGUGCCGCUGAACGCCCUUCGAAGCAUCCUGUUCCCCAACUGGACGACGUCUUGAUCAGCGCCCCAUGGAACCAUCGACAAGACGAGUUCCUUGUCAGAAAACUGGACGAAACACGCCUAAUUCCCACUAACAAAGCUGAUGGACAGCAGGAGGAGCAACUCAACUGGCAGCCGAUUCCUCUUCACCUCAUGAAGCUUGGCCUGGACGACGAGAUCGAGGAUAAUGGCCAGCUACACAAAUGGCUGGAACCUCCGAAGACCGUCACUAAAAGCGAGCAACUGAUCUAUAAAAAGCCCGGUCUUCGUCUCUUGGAUAUGGGGGACGAAAGCGACGAUGAACUACAGGAGGACAGCGAUCUGCUGACUGAGAUGCGCAAGCCGCCUCUGGUGACUAUUCCAGCAAAGAGGCUUGAACAUGGGCUGGACCCGAAGUUCAACUUGGUAGUCAAGAAAACAUGCAUGCCUCGCAUCGAGGAUCUACCGGAUAGACUGCGCCCGAAGAGCAGCUCAGCGACCUCUCUUGGUGGUUUCUCGAUAUCCAGCGCCUUGGACACCUUCCUCGAUCUCCGAGCAGGCAAGUUCAAGAAGGUUGCAGUCCCGCAACGGGCUUCCGGCGCAAAGCUUGAGUUGGCAGAAGAUCCAAUCCAGCAGACGCAAUCAGAGGAGAAUGACUGUGUCGACGCCCUCUUUCAUUCUGCCUCCAAAAUCUUGUCUAUACCGACUUACUCGUCCCCGAGCAGCAUGGGAGUACCGGCGAUUCCCGAUUCAGAUGAUUAUCAGCAUGCCGAGGAGGACCAGCCACAACUCAUGACGCUAGAAUGGUGUAGGGCAGUUGUCCUCGAAACAGGAAGUCUCCAAAAAUACGCCUCGGUUGUGAAUUUCCUGGAAACGCAUGGGGGCGACCGACUCAACAUUGUAUACCGGGAUAUGAGUAGGAUAGGAUGGGAGCCUUGUGUUUCAGCAGCGCUUGACAUGAUCCUGAGUCCGACGACAGCUCUCAUCUUGACCAAUCUGCAAGCACUGGGUCAGAAAAGCUUACCUGGGCAGGCUGCUGCAGGCCAGAAUCUGGUGCGAAGCAGGGUACUCAAGCUUGCACAAGAGUAUCAUCGUGUGCUAGUAGUGAUCACGACUCCGAAGCCAAACCCGGAUGGUGCAUUAAUGCAGGCCCAGGUCGACGCGAUGGCCACUUUUACAGGGUUUUGUGCGAGCAUCUGCAGCGAGGACAGUCAUUGCGUGACUCCAAUAUGGGUGAACCCAGGACCAGAUACACGGACGACCGGUGAAGCGCUCAACAAGAUGGCGUGGAACUUGAUAUGUCGACAUGCAUUCCCGGAAGCUGACCCAUCACUGGGUGCGGAGCAUUUGGUCGAUGGGGCGACCCUGACUAACGAAGAGUCGCCCUGGGAGCAAUUCUUGAGAAGAGCAGGGCUCAACCCAAUGGCUGCUCAGAUCGUGCUGGCAUUGGUGAGAAGGAAAGACAGGCCAGAAGUCAACCUUAGCCAGCAGCUGGGUCUGAGGGACCUUGUUCGAAUGCCGCCUGAGGAGAGGCGAGCCAUGUUCACUCAAAUACUAGGAUCGAGGAUGACUGAGAGGCUCAACUUGGUGCUCGACAGGGAAUGGCGAUGA